GGAGCAGCGCGCGCGUGCCUGAGGCGCUGGUGAUUACAGAAUUACAGAAUCACAGAAUCACUUGGGUUGGAAGAGAUCUCUGAGAUCAUCGAAUCCAACCCUUGACCGAACACUACCGUGUAAACCAGGCUGUGACACUAAGUGCCACGUCCAGCCUUAAACACCUCCGGGGGUGGUGACUACACCACCUCUCUGGGCAGCCCGUUCCCAUGUCUAAUCACUCCUUCUGUGAAGAAAUUCCUUCUAAUGUCCAACCUGGACCUCUCCUGGAACAAGUGAAGACUGUAUUAUCUUGUCAUGUCACCCACCGGGUACACUCUCCUUUCAGGCAGUUGUAGGGAGCAGUGAGGUCUCCCCACACAGAGGAGAGGCUCCCUUCCUUUUCUCCAGGCUGAGCACCCGCAGUCCCUCAGCUGCUCCUCACAGGAUUUGUGUGCCAGUCCCUUCACCAGCUCCAUUGCUCCAUUGUCUGUCUGGACACGCUCCAGAACCUCAAUGUCCUUCCUGAACUGAGGGGCCCAGAACUGGACACAGCACUCAAGGUGUGGCCUGACCAGCGCCGAGUACAGGGGAAGAAGAAUCACUUUCCUGGAUUCUCUUCCAUCCCUUCUCUCCCAUGGUUGUCAGCCAUGGGCAAAGGAAGCAGGGUGAGCAAGAUAUUGGAUGCUUGAAGAAACCUUUUUCUUCAUGAAUGAACUUCAUUACCCUACUAAUGACUUGUGAUUGAAUUUUGGAGAUAGUUUUGUGUACUGCAGGCAAGGAAACUGGCAGUGAGCACUGUCUGGAAAACAGAACUAGACCUCCAACAGUAUUGACAUUGCACACACAUUCAGAACAAGACCCUGAAGACAUGAUGAAGAUUUAAGCCACUGGAGUAAAGAAUGGAUGAUGCAAGGGUGGCAUGCUGGGACAGCAGAGGUUUCACCAUAAGCCUGAGUCGGAUCCCUUUAAAAAUAAUUACACAAAAACUGUAUUGUGCUCAAAAACUACCCUCAGCUACAAUGAGGUGGCUACCUAAGGCAUUGACCUCUUGGCAUGGUAGCUUGUCUGUGUUACGAAGAGUAGGAAUCAAUUUUCCAGCAGCUACUGCUGCUCAUCUGACCCUGCUCCUUAACUUUACUAAUCCCUGCCUAGUUUCUUGUAAUUUUAUUUUCCAAAUCUGUUCCAUCCUUUUAUUUAAAACUGGCAUCCUUGACAUUGGAUGCAAACAUUGUAUACCAACAGACAUAAGAGACGACAUGAGGAUUUUUUAUCUGUACAGGAUUAAGUACACUACCUGUGUACUGUCAUCAUGUGAAUGUGCUACAGGAUCAGAAUGAUACAGAAACUUUUACAGGGAAACAACAACAACAACAAAAAAAAAAGGAUGAUGCAGCUGAAGGUUAAAACAAAUUGAAAAUAAAAUUAAAUACUGAAGAGAAAAAGGGUGCAUGGAGGGAAUCAGGACUUGAUCUUAUUUCAAAGCCUUCAGAAGGAAUGAAAUCAGCAUGUAGAAAUUGAAGUAAUCUAACUGGAGUACUUCAGUAGGAAGGUUUUCAAAAUGGAUGCCUGGAAACCACUUUUUCUUCUCUACAUUUUCGCCUUCUCUACAGAGGCAGAGGAGUCUGAUACAAAAUCUACAUUACAAAGAAGGAGGUACCAAAACAGGGCAGAGCCUCCAGCGCUGGAGAAUCACUUCAUAGCAAGUGCUGGUAGCCAAAAAGCAGCUUGACCAGAGUCUUUUCCAAAUGCAAUAUAGAUCUUUCUAUAGCAAUUGAUAUUUCAAGGAGUGUGCAGCCAACAGCCACAAUGCUCCUGAAACAGAGACUGCAAGCAUUCCUCCCCACACUUCUACUCCAGAUGAAAUCACUGCCAAAUACCAGCUGCAAUGCUCCAGUUGAAAUUGGGUUCAAGUUCCAAGUAUUGGCAGAGAACAAACAAUUAAUCUUUGACUCUGGUUUUGAAGAGUAUAAUGAAGAGAUCAUCCAGAAGUUCUUAGGUGCACAGACCACUGUGGACACCUACAUGAAUGCAGACUUUUUGCAGGCACUUGAGGAGAAUUUCUUUAAUGUGACCUCUGCUAAAGUUAAGGUUCUGUUAAUAUUUUCAGAUGGGCUGGAUGAUUCACUGGAUGACCUGAAGAAAGCAGCAGAGUCACUUCGCUUUAAAGGUCUUGAUGCACUUCUGUUAGUUGGCCUGGACAAUACACAGAACUUGACUGAAUUUUGGGAAAUAGAGUUUGGCAGAGGGUUUGGAUACAAUGAACCUCUGAAUGUUGGGUUUGCAGAUGUUGCCAACAUUUUGCAGAGAAAUCUUGAUACUGUUGCAGAGAGAAAAUGCUGUAAGGUUAUUUGUAAGUGUCUUGGAGAAAAUGGUGAUCAUGGUGUCAGAGGAAAUCCUGGAAGGAAGGGAAGUACAGGUUACAGAGGAUCUCCUGGCCAUCCUGGUGAGGAAGGUGGGAUUGGGGAGAGAGGCCCAGCUGGUUUCAGUGGGACUCAAGGAGACAGGGGAUGUGCAGGUGUCAGAGGCCAUAAGGGGGCCAGAGGCUAUAGAGGAAGUCAGGGUGAUCAUGGUGAGCGUGGAUUUGAUGGCACUGAUGGAGAGCAGGGAGAACGUGGAUUUCCUGGACCUUCUGGAGAGAAAGGCAGCAGAGGAAAAUGGGGCAGAAAAGGCCCCAGAGGAGAACCAGGUGAACGAGGAGAAUCUGGUCUAAGAGGAGAUCAUGGAGAUCCUGGGACUAACAAUAAUGUUACUGGACCUAAGGGUGAAAAAGGAAACCUGGCAUCACAGGGAGACCCUGGCCCACAAGGACUCCAAGGAGAGCAGGGUGAUGCUGGCUUAGAUGGUGCAGCAGGUCGAAGAGGGCCUCCAGGUAUAAAGGGUGAGCAAGGAGAUCUGGGAGAAACAGGUUACUCAGGAGAAAUUGGUCUUCCAGGCCCACAGGGCCCAAGAGGACCACAAGGGAUCAGAGGACCUCCUGGACCACAAGGCAUGCCAGGCCCUCUGGGUAGUCUGGGGAUGCCUGGUUCACCUGGCUCUGUUGGAAAGUUUGGUGUAAGAGGAGCAAAGGGUGAACCUGGUGACCCUGGAGAGAAGGGCUUGGCUGGCCACCCUGGACACAGAGGCAUUCCAGGCAUGGAUGGCAGAGAUGCGUAUGGUCCUGAGGGAAGCAAAGGAGCAAAGGGAGAAUCUGGAUUCAUAGGAUAUCCUGGUCCAGAGGGAGAAGAAGGAGAUCGAGGCAUUCCAGGAGCUGAAGGACCCAAAGGAAUUAGGGGUAGAAGAGGUAAUUCUGGCACACCAGGUUCCCGGGGAGAUCCAGGUGACCAAGGGCCAUUGGGAUCUAUGGGUGCCAAGGGACCAGUGGGCACUACUUUAAUGGAAACACAUGCCCAGCUUAUCCAACUGAAGUGGUUUUUGCCUUGGAUAUGUCUGAUGAUGUUACACCAGCUGCAUUUGAAAGAAUGAGGAACAUUGUUAUUUUAUUGCUGAAGACCAUUAAGAUCAGUGAAAGCAAUUGCCCAACAGGCGCUCGUGUUUCUGUUGUUUCUUUCAAUAUCAACAUACACUAUCUCAUCCGAUUCUCUGAAUUCCAAAAAAACAA